AUGAUAAGGCAUAGCCUAAUUCUCCCCCUAAUUUUAGAACAAAAUAUAGAUGGAAAAAAAUUAAUUUAUAACAUAAUUUAAUUGCAAAGUUGAAGUAGAAUAUUAUUUAAACAAUUUUCACAUUGAAUCAAUUAAAUUUUUAAAUUAAUUCUUCAUAAAAUGAAAUAAAUUCAAAAAAUAUUGCAUUAAAAUUUCCUAUUUAAUUUCUAAAAACUGUAAAAUAGUACUUUAAAUUGGAGCAGGUGCUUUGUUCCCAUUUAAAGGGGGAAAUAAGGUGCUUCUCUGCAAUUCCUGAACACAAGCUAUUUUACACAAAUAGUAAUCCCCAUCAGCUAAGAACGAGCUAUAUUUUAUCUACAAUUGGUGCAUCAGCUAUAACUGGGCUAGUUUUUUACAUAUCACAUGGAGUUCCAGAAUUAAUGCAUGCUGGACUUAUACUUGCAGUAUGGAGUGGUCUUGGAAUGAAUUUUUACUCAUAUAAUGCCAUCAAAAAUGAAAUAGCUUUAAAGAUUUCAUUAGAAGAAGACUCACAAUCUCUAAUUGUCGAGCUUCCAACUGGGACUGUAAAAAUACCUAAAAACUCUAUUAACCUCAACUAUCAUAUACAGGAAUUCUUUGCUGUUUAUAAUAAUUAUUUUUUAUAUUAAAAUUAUUUUUAUAAAAUUUACUGUAUUUUUUCCCUAUUAAAGUAAGGAGAUUUAGUAUUUGCAAAGAGUCACCUUUUCCAAAUGAUUGAAAGACUUUUCGUAAAAUUGAUUAUGGAGACAGCUCGUUUUAUGUUUCUUACUUUGGAAAAGUUCACGAUGAAAAAUUGAUGAAAGAUAAUAUAGGCGAUAUCAUUCCAAAAUACAACUUCUAA